AUGGCUACGUCUCAAUUGAGGGCAAUUGCUGUCCUUGCGCGCAGUGCGCGCGUCUCCCAGCGUGCUUUCACCACCUCCGCUCGGCAAUUCGAGGCCGCUGUCUCGACCAAGACCAACGAGGCAUCGCCCGCUCCCACCGACGAGAACAAAUCCGUCGCCAUUAGCCAAGCUCCCAAUCGUGUGGGUGUCUGGUCACGUAGCCAGAGGCCUCGUUCUCAGGCUAUGAACGGCCCCCGAUUCGAGCAGACCGAUUUCGAUUUUCAGCCUCAACCUAAGGCUGCUAUUGAGAUGAUCCACAAGCAGCCAGUCACAUGGACUCACGAGCGAAUUGUUGCCUGCAACGGUGGUGGUGGUCCUGAAGGCCAUCCCAGGGUCUUUAUCAACACCGACAAGCCCGAGAUUGCUGUUUGCGGCUAUUGCGGCCUGCCUUUUGCUCAUGAACACCACCGCACUCAUCUCGAAUCCCUCCCUGAGACUUCUUACCCUCUCUCAUAA